AUGGCGGCCGCAGAGUGCCCCCUGGCGCACCCACGGCUGAUCAUCGCCUUCACGGGCGUGCUGAGCAAACGCUCGGAGCUGAUGGGCAUCUGGCAGCAGCGGCGCGUGGAAGUGGACGUCGGCUCGCUCCGCUACUUCCGGGACGGCUGCGCGGAGCCCCGCGCGUGCUUCGGCCCCGGGGACGUCGUCGGCGUGGGCUGCCAGUCGCCGUCGAUGGUGCUCCUGCGGGCGCGGCUGGCGGGCGGCGACGAGAGGACGUACGAGCUGAGGGCCCAGGACGACGGCGAGAUGCACACGUGGGCGCAGGUCAUCGGGCUCGCCUUCGGCCUCGAGGCUGAGGGCGCCCUCCUCGGCACGGCAGACGAGCAGCACCGGCAGCCAGCGCGGCGCUCCGAGCGAGGCGCCCCGGGCGAGGCGGUGGGGCGCGUCGCCUCGGCGGCCUCUGGCGCGGCGGCGGCGGUCGCUGGGCUCUUCGGGCGGGCUACGGGGAAGGCUCGGCCACGCGCAGAGGGGGACGAGAAGCUCGACAAUGCGCGGCAGCUCUCGGGGCGCCUGCGGGAGCAGCUGGAGCAGCAGAUGGAGGAAGCGCUGACCAGCUGCGACGACGGCAAGAUGGAGGCUUUGCUAGACGCGGCCCUUUCCCGCGGCCUGCCGUGGGAGAAGCUGCCGGGCCCAGUCCACAGGGCAGCGCGGCGGGUGGCCGGCCGGAACCUCCGCAGCGCCGCGGACAGCAGCGACCCGAAGCAGCUGAAGGGCGCGCUGCUCGCAGCGCGGCGCCUGCACGCGACCGGCGUGCCCGAGUUCGAGCCGGCGGUGGCGAGGUAUCGCGAGGUGCAGCGCUUGCCGGCAGGGUGGGACGUCGCUCGCAUGGUGGAGCAGCGGAGGAGCGGCGCCAGACUGCUGGCCAAGAACGACGUCUCGUCCGACGAGGCACUGCGCAGCCUGAUACAGUUCAUGGUGGACAGGACCUUCCGCCGCGUGGAGACCCGCGACAGGCGCGGGGAGCAGAUGCCGGUGCAGCUGCGGGUGAUCCAGGUUGCCGAGGUCCAGAACGAGAUGAUGGCCAGUGGGUGGACUACAUGGUCCGGCGGGAGGCCAUCUGCCAGGAGAUCGCCGAGAGCGCCGGUGCGCCGGGCGUGCCGGGCGUCGCCAGCGUCAGCGCGGCGACGGAGGGCCCCCUGGUCGAGGCUGCCGCCCUGGGGGUCCUGCACGACACGUACCUCACCGUACCAGAGAGCCUGA